AUGAAGAUCUCCUUUAUCCAGACUCUUGCACUCUCUUUUUGCUUGUUGGACCCUGCGACCAAGGAAGUUGGCACAUCCAGCUUGGAAAAGUUUGCUCCUGGUGCUCUCUACCCCUUUGGUGAUCACAAGUUGAGUGACCUUGUGAAGGCAUUCGAUGCUGUGCCAAUUUCAGAUGCAAAGUAUGAUGUUAUCAAGCAUCACUGUGCAUUGUUGGUCCUCCAAAUGUUGUGUCACUUGGAGAUUCCUGUUAACCAGGAAAUGAAAGAUUGGGUGGGCGAUGAGCUCAUGAAGACGAACAAAGCUCGUGACCAUAUUGUUUCCCUUGCCCGUGACAGCAUCAACUUUGAGUUGCUUGGAAUUGCCCGCAAUGAGUCUACAGCGACUUCGAUUCGCACUUUGGUUGCCUAUGAUGCUGACAUAUUCUACUGUGCUGCUACGGAGAAGAAGCAGUUGAGUGCUCUGGUGCUAGCAACGUGUUUGGAUUUCUUUCGGCUUUUGGCGUUUUUGCUGUUGUGA